AUGAAUAUUGAUUCUUCCGUACGAAUUCUUUGGUCUGAAGCAGUAGAUCUUCAAGAUAUACGUGAUCCGUCUGAACAAAGCGAAUUUCUGUCAUUGCGUAAGCAGUUAGGCGUUGAUCGAGUCUCAUUCGAGACACUUUCACAUUUUCAUGUCAAAGGUCAUAUGGAUAACUCUUAUCGUCCAGCACUUUGUUAUCCCAGAUACAGAGGUUUUGUUCAUAGAUUGCCAUUUUCUGGUAUAUUCGGUUUUCAUAUGGUGACCGCAUCAGAUCGUCGUAUCAUCUUGACUACCAACGAACGCGAUUCACUAGCUAUUUAUGAGGCAACCGGAGGGAUGAUAUCAAUUGCUCUGCCGAUGGGCGAAAAAAUUGACACUGCUGUUCUACCGUAUUUGGAAGAUUUUGAUGCUAUUUAUCUGUGGUUCCCCUAUAUUCAUAAUGCACAAGCCAAAGAUUAUGCUUCGUAUUUAAACGCGAAUCGAUGCUUCAUCAUUGAUCAUAAAGAGCGUCCAAUUGAAUUGCUCCGAAGUGAACGACGCCGAGAGAUCAAUAAAGCGAUCCGCGAAGAAGCGAUACGAGUUCGUAACAAAGGAUUCAGAUCGAUGAUCGAUGUCAGGAAUGAUUUGAAAUCGGAAAUUGUCAAUAGUCGAGCAAAACAGUAUGGUAUAUCGCAGUGGAAACGCUUCGAUGUUCUCAAUAAGUACUUGUCGGGAUUCCGUCCUGGAGAAUUGACCGUUCUGACGGGUGGUACUGGCUUUGGUAAAACGACAUUCCUUUGUGAAUAUACACUCGAUUUACUCUCACAAGGGGUGAGAACGCUAUUCUGCAGCUUUGAAAUGCCGGAUGAAAAAAUUCUCAAAUGGAUGCUCGUUCAAUAUGCAGCGUAUGUUUUGAAUCCGUUUUCAGUUGCGAAAAUAAUCACUUCUCCGUGGUUGUGCUCUGGUCUUUGA